GACGUUAUAUUGGAGAACCGGAGAGGUUGCAGAUUUCAUUUGCUCGGCGGUUUUCCGCUGAUUAACAACAGGCUAAAUGUAGCCGGUUGUUAUUUAUUUAUUUAUUCAUUUUUUAAAAUUUUUAAAAUAGUUAAACAGUAUUCAAAUUUUAAAAUUCCGUUAAUUUAUUUUUCUUUCAAAGGGUAAAAAAAAAAAAUAUGGCCACAGAAGAUUUCUUCGAAGGGGCCGAAAAGCUGUUGGAAAUAUGGUUUGGCCGUCAAGAUGGAAAAUUUGAAAACGGAGACUUGAGAAAAAUACCAAGAGAAAAAUAUGAAGACCUCUUAAAAGCUGCUUGUUGUGAAGUAAUCAGUUACACCAGUAAUGACAAGAUUGACGCUUAUGUUCUGAGUGAAAGUAGCAUGUUUGUUACAAAACGAAGAUUCAUAUUGAAGACUUGCGGUACAACAACCCCAAUAGAAUGCAUUAAACCAUUGCUGCUCAACGUGCAUGAAUUCACAGGAUUUGAUGAAGUAGAAGAUGUGUUUUAUUCUCGUAAAAACUUUGAACGUCCUGAACUUCAAAAAGAUACAUAUCGCAACUUUAAAUUAGAAAUUGAAUCUUUAGAUAUCAUGUUUAAAGGAACUGGAGUGGCUAGGUGUAUGCGUUCAUCAAAAACAGAUGAUUCUUGGUAUUUAUAUGCAUUACAUCCAGUUGAAUGUUUUGGAAAAGAAAAACAAAAACCUGAUCAAACAUUAGAAAUACUCAUGACAAAUUUGGAUCCUGAUGUCAUGCAAAUAUUCACCAAAGAACAGUCGGCUAAUGCAAGUCAAGCUACUCAGGAUUCUGGAAUAUCGGGAUUGUUGCCUAAUAUGGAAAUUGACGAUUUCUUAUUUGAACCCUGUGGUUAUUCUAUGAAUGGUAUUGCAAAAGAGGGACAUUAUAUGACUAUUCAUAUAACUCCACAACAAGAAUUUUCUUUUGUUAGUUUUGAGACCAAUGUUCCUCAAAGCUCUUACAAGGAACUCAUUUUAAAAGUGCUGAAAACAUUCCAACCAGAAAAAUGUGUGCUUACCAUGUUUACUAACGAGAUAUCCCCAAGUAAUUCAAAUCAUAAGGAAUUUAAAUAUCUAACACAUCUGGGUGAAUGGCAGCAAGACUCAAACAGGACUUGUUCCCUAAAGAACCAUGACCUAACUGUAUCUUUUUACUCCAAAUACCCAAGCUGAGAUCAACCGGUCUGGGACACGCCUCUCAUCGAAACCCAAAUGCUGCUAUUGCCACAUUACACAGCUGUCCUAGUCGUUCUAGUCUGCAUAAAAACUCUAUGUAUCACCAAACCUAUUUAUCACUUUGCGUGGCGUCGUUUUAAAAUAGUGUAGUUAUCCUACAACAUUCCGGUGCAUACCAGAAUUCUAUAACAUAGUUGUUUUUAUUUGUUCGUGUAAUUUUUUCAAAAAAAAAUAUUCAUGAACAUUGUAUGUUCCUGUUACGGACACUAUAUACGCUUGGUUCAAUUGUGAUUAUGUGGCAAGCAUUUUGAUUUGAGGCAGAUACAAAAUUGAUGCGCCAUAAAUAAAUUUCCAUUUAUAAAUAUUUGUUAUUACGUUUUUAUAUAUAUUAUUUUUCGAAACAUUUCAUUCUCUUAGACUGUUUAGACACCUACUACUUUUAAGUGUAUGACAUUGUUUUUACAUUUUAAUUAUGCAUUUUAUUAUGUUAUUUGUUUUAAAAUAUUAAUUUAUGAAAUUAAUAAAUUGUUUCAACAUAGAAUGUUAUAUAUUAUAAAGUUAUAAACUUAGUUAUUAAAAGCUUUAGUUUAUACAUUUUUCAGAUUUUUCUCUUCAGAUCAGAGAAACGUUGUAUGAUAACAUUAUUUAUUAAUAAUAAUGGACAUAACUAUUGCAAUCACUCAAUUAUGUUUUAUUGUGUUUCUUUAAAUAAUAUUUAUUAUGAUUUUAAACUCAAUUUGAGACAAAUAAUAGUAGGCAUCUGUAUAAAUGAUAAUUAUGCUAUUUAUUAUUGAUUCCAAUAUAUAUAUAUAUAUAUAUAUCAUAUAAUACUUAUUUAUAGUCACCCUCCAAAUGGCACUUUUACUCAGUCCUGCGUUAACUACCGUGUGUUGGCACCAUUUUUUGAAAUUUCUAAAAAAUUGGCCACUGUGCUUUGAUGUUCCUAAAAUGUGUGUUACCCGAGGGUUAAGGUAUUAAACGCCACCUCCCACCACCAUGUAUUUCAUACAAUAGUGUCAACUAUUGGAAUCCUGUUUUAUGUAUAGAUAAAUAAUUAUUAUAUUUGUUGGUAAUAAUUAAUA